AAUUUUAGGUGAGAAACGUUUGAUACAAAAGCGGAAAACAAUGUAUCCGGAAUGGGAUAAAUAUUGGGAUACAAGUGUUGUAGCCGGACGAGUACUUCAGGUUGUUCUUCUCAAUGGUGUCACACCUAUUGCCGAUGCUACAAUGCGACAACAUGAUAUUAUAUCAAAAUGUAAAGGAGAAAUUGCAACGCAUGUUUGGAUUAAUUUGAAGCCUGCAGGACGUAUUCUUGCUCAAGCUUGCCAUAUUGGUAAUCCUGGUUAG